AACUCAACAAUUACCUAGUUAUACAUAUUAAUCGCGAAGCAGUAAAAUUCGCGUACGAGUAUCUUAUAAGUUGAUAAUGGUGUUGUUAAAAAAGUACAACGUGAUCAAAAACAUUACGGUUGAACCCGCUCUGCUUUUUUAUUUUCUGACAUGUGCGUUGAUGGACGUCUUGGACACGAAUUUAUACCUACAGAAAGCAUGCAGAUUCAACACCACUUCAGAGCCAAAUCUCGAUACACCUUGCGACGAUGAAAAACAAGGAAUCCUGUUCGUAUCGUCCGUAAACGGCAGUUAUAGAUUUUGGGAGUACAUGGUGAUGUUGGCCUUGGUAACUUUAUCUUUAUCAUGGAGCGAUGUAGCUGGCAAACAGCGUAAAGUACUGAUAAUCUGGCCAAUUAUCGGUCUAGUCGUCCAGUCCAUUAAUGGUUCUUUGCAGUCGUAUUUCUGGACCUGGUCCCCCUUAAUGGGAGCAUUGGUCGAAAUGGCGAGUCAAGCGUUCAGUGGAGGUUUCCUCAUGGUGUUUUUUGCUGCUCAGUUGUACAUUUGCGAUAUAACUAGUCCGGUUGAUCGAACUAUGAGGACUGGUAUUCUGUUAUCGGUGACAAACAUUUGUCAUCCAAUUGGUACAGGAGUUGCUGGAUUUCUAAUCAGAGGAAUUGGGUUCUUUUAUUCGUUCUCCUUGUGUGUAUUGAUGUCAGUGAUCUCUCUUGUAUGUGCUGUACUUUUCAUCGACGAUAUUUCUGUACCAGUGGAGAAUAAGGUUUCUAUUUUGGGUGUAUUCAAUUUUACUCGGAUCGUUGACAGUUUCAGAAUAACGUUCAAGAAGAGCCUGGGGAAGAAAAGAAUCGUGGUUUUGUUUUUGGUUUUGGUGCAUAUCGUUGUGCUGUUUUCUAAUGAAGGAGAAAAGACCGUGUUUUAUUUAUGGGUCAGGUAUAAAUUCAAAUGGGAUGAGCGGAUGUUUAGCGUUUACCAGUCUUAUAAGAUGGUCGGUAUAAUUGUAGGUACAAUGUUUUGUUCUAUUAUACUGAGUAGAAUAUUGAAAAUACAUGAUGGAAUUAUCGGCACAUUUGCUGGGUUCUGGGAUAUGCUGGCAGCACUUUCUUACAUAUUCGCUACUGAAUUAUGGCAUUUGUAUUUAAUUCCUUUGCUGGAUAUAUUCCAUGGAACUGCGAUCGCCAUUUGUUUUUCUUUUCUGACUAAAUUUUAUGACAGUGACGAGUUUGGUCGAAUAAAUGCUGUUUACAUGUCGUUUACAUUACUGGUUCCGUUUUGCUUGCCUGUGUAUAAUUUCAUCUUUCAAAAAACUUUGGAUACGUUUCCCUCAGCCAUCUUUGUAGUCAGUGUAAUAAUUGAUAUUAUCGUUUGCUUGCUUUAUGAAGGAGCUUAUUUUUUGACGAAAAAAUUUGAAAAUGAACCUGAAGUUGAAUCAAGGACGAAUAAAUCGGUGUGUGAGAACACUAGUGAAGCUGCAAAGAAAAUUUAAUGAUAAAUUGUCAUACUUGCUUUGUAGAAUUCUAUUUGUGUGAGAGGCUGGUGAUUCAAUUACAAUGUGUGGUGAAAACAGUUUUUCUGAUUUUUAUGAAUUUAACACUAGCCCACCACAUCCCCUAAAUUUUUCUUUUUUUGGACAAUGUUUGAUAACACCAUUAUACUUUCUACUGGGUGUGCAUGAAAGUUUUAUGUUUCAUUUUGCAUGUUCAACGAAUUGUCCAUUCUUUCAUUUAAACCAGAAAAAUCAUUGAAAAAGUAGGCCUGGACAAUUUUCUCUUUGAUUAUAAAAUAGGUAGGUAAUGAAUUUUCUGUGUUUUUUUUAUUCGAUUAAAAAAUUACAAUUUUCAAUUUCG